AUGGGUGAAAAUUCAACAAUUUCUGAUCGAAAGAUAGAAGCUUUAGCAAAAAAAGGCAUGGAUCGGAUAACAAAGGUGUAUGUUUGGGACAUGGAUGAGACCCUUAUACUGCUCAAGUCUUUGCUGAACGGAACUUAUGCUCAGGCUUUCAAUGGUUUAAAGGAUGUCCAGAAGGGAAUCGAGAUUGGUAGGAUGUGGGAGAAGCACAUUCUUCAAAUCUGUGAUGAUUUAUUCUUCUAUGAACAAAUAGAGAACCACAAUAAGCCUUUUCUUGAUGACUUGAGCCAAUAUGAUGAUGGGCUUGAUCUUUCUGAUUAUGAUUUCAAUCAAGAUGGAUUUAGCCCUCCAUCUGAUGAUGCAAACAAAAGAAAGCUAGCAUAUAGACACCGAGUCAUAACCAACAAGUACAAACAGGGUUUGCAUAAUAUUCUUGAUCAAGGGAUGAUCAAUCAAUGGGAGGAAUUAUAUAAUUUGACUGAUGAAUAUACAGAUAGAUGGCUCUCUUCAGCACGGGCAUUCUUGGAGCAGUGUUCAGGCAGGAUGGAAGACCCAACUCUUUGUCAUGCCUCUAGUGAUGGGAUCAUCAAUCACACUGAUGCCAAGUUUGAGCAUGUUAAUGUUUUAGUUACUUCUGGAUCAUUGAUACCCAGCCUUGUAAAAUGUUUACUUUUUCAACUUGACAAUUGGAUAACACAUGAAAAUGUCUACAGCUCAUGGGAAGUGGGAAAACCUCAAUGUUUUCGGUGGAUCAAGAACCGUUUUAAUGGUCCAAAUGUCCAAUUUUGUGUAAUUGGGGAUGGAUGGGAAGAGUGUGAAGGUGCACAGGCCAUGCGAUGGCCAUUUGUCAAGAUUGAUAUGCUCCCAGGUGGGGAUCACCGGUUUCCAGGCCUUACAUUGAGAACUCUUGGCUACUACUUUGCUGUUGUGUACGGGGAUCCUGGUACCGAAAAGAAUGAAGAUGAAUCAUGA